AUGGCGCGCACCAAGGAGGACGCCAAGGCGGCGAACAACGCAUCCACAGACAUCACCCACCAGGCCACCCAAGAUGCUGGCGUGAAGAAGACCCCUGGUCGCGGUCGCGGCCGGCCCAAGGGCACAACCGCGAAAUCCCCCGCAAAGCCGUAUGUGCCCACCGGCAAGCCGCGAGGAAGGCCCAAGGGCAGCGUCAAGAAGGGAGGACAGGCAAAGGCAAAGGCGGCCAAGAAGGUGCUGCCGCCAUUGGCGCCGGGCGAGAAGCGUCGGGGCAGGCCGCGCAAGUCGGACGUUGCGCAGACUCAGGAGGACGACGACCAGGCAGCGACCGCAGAGUCCGAGGCCAAUGUUGAGGCUGAGGCCGAGGACGACGCUGCCAGUAAUCAGCCAGGCAUCGGUGACGUGGCAAGUGAUGCGCGCACCGGGGCCAGAUCGGCCUCCACGCCGCAGCAGUCUCCCGAAUACGAGGUCGGUCCUUCAUCAUCAUUCACAUCACCGGCGUGGUUCUCACGUUUCAAGAACAUGAUUGGCUGA